AGAGAGCUCCGAAAGCGGGAUAUCGCUGUGAGGAGCUUGUCGGAACCCGUAAGCUUUAAGUCGAAAUCAAAAGUACGACAUAUUUGGAAUAUACUGAGUGUUAGAGAUUAAUGUGACGUGAUGGAGAUGUUGUCACUGAGACUAGUUACAUUCUUUCUGCUGGUCUGCUUCAGCGUCAUCUUAGUCAAUGAUGCGGCCGAUACAAGUACGUCCUGCCCUGAAGUAGCAUGUCUUGGCCAGCCGGUCAACAUCACCUGUGACAUCACAGGGGUGUACGAUACAAUUGGGUUUUCACGGCCAGGGGGUCUUGAAGUAAUGACGUGCCUGGCCAAGGAGGAAAAAUGCUAUGUUAAUGUUGAUAAUUAUGAGAUUGUGUUUCGCUCUCCUGAAAAGCAUAUUCUUCGUAUCAAGAAAUUUGCAAAGAAGGAUAUUGGAACGUGGAAUUGUCGAGAUGGAACCGACCCUCUCUUGAAGACUUGUCAUGUGGAUGGAUAUGAUGUAAAACAGUCCCCAACACCCCCUACUCCAGGUUGCGUUGAAGUCGACAGAACUACAUUUGGUCCGAGUACAUUGUGUAAAGGUUUUGAAAAGGAUCCAAAUGUCAACAUUACAAUAACGGUGGCCAACCUGCCCUACACCUUCACGUAUGACCAGUACAAAGAGAAUGAUGAUGUGUCUCUCCCCUACAUCCCGAAAGGUGGGGAUGUAGAAUGCAGAGUCACUGGGCCAGCCUCUCAGUGCUACACUGUCUCCAAGCCAUACAAGAACAAAAUCUGUGCUCCUGGAUUUUCUACAUUGGCUUACAUUGGCCUUGUCAUUGGCCUUGUAGUUGGACUGGGCCUUGUCGGCCUAGCGGUUGAUUGCUUUUACUGCAAGCCAAGGAAUAAGGGCGCCAUUCACUUCGUGGGGGCCAAACUGAAGUCCAGGAAUCCUGAUGCAACAACUGAAGAAAAGAUGAAGCUGUGAGAGGUCUAGCUGCAGAAGAAGGUCCACGUGGUCCCGGAAGUGGUUACAUCAUGAAUGCUGGAAACAUAACAUCUACAGACCUACGUGCAUGGAAUGCUAGCGGUGCGCCGGGCGGGCACUAAGACGAAGUAUACAAGUGUAAAAAAACAUCCUUUGUUAUGAUGUAGAUAAGCUUAAGCUCUUGAUGAAUAACCCACAUAUACAAAGUGUUUAGCUACAACAAUUCUAAAAAUGUUUCGCAGGAGGACGCAGAAAAGUAACGGUCUUCAUAUUAUUAGAUCAAUAAUUUCAUUGGAAAAGAGUUUAAAAAUGUAAAGGUUGGAGUUAUCACUUGUUAUAUUUGCUCACAUUAUUUUCUAAUUUGAGAAUUUAAAGACUAAUAAGGUUACACAAUGGCAACAGUCUAAACUAUGUCUGCUGAAAGUAUAAUUUGUUAUGCUUAAUAGAAGAUACUCUCUAAUGAUUAAAUUUGUAAAUUUGUUGUGUUCAUGGAAAUUCCUGCAUUCUGAUUAGCUGAAUUGGUCACUUGUUAUUGCAUUUAUUUCCCAAUGAAUGUAAAAAA